AUGUGUAAGAUGUGGGAGAGAAUACGUUUCGGUGCCAGAUGGCGUACUGCUGAAAGGACAGCAUUAGCAAUUCGAGGAGUCGACUUAAAAAAUGUCAAAUCUAUUCACUUUUCAUUUAAUCCAUUUUAUGGUGAUUGUCAAUCUCUAAGAAAUUUUUGGUUUCUUAUUAGUUCACCGUAUGUUCGAAGGACAAAUCCAAUGACAACAAUGGAUUGCAAUAUAAGGAAUGAUCGGCAACCACCUUAUUUUUGUGCAAAUUUAAAUGAUGGUAAGAAGUUAUUGUUUCGAACAAGCGGUAUGCAUGUUAUGGACUUGACAAUGACUUUUAACAGGUUGUUGGGAAAUCCAGAAUUUGGUAAAAGUGGCAUUAGACCUCUUCCAAGGAUUGAUUAA